AAGCGAACACUCAAGCGCGAGGAUUAAUCAGCCGAAAAGAUGGAUAACGUGCCGUAUUUUCUGGCUACAUACGUGCUCAUUUUCUCCCUCGGAUUCAGGAUAGAAGAAGGGAUGUGCCAACAUUACUACCUCCUCCGUCCCAUUCCCAGUGACACUCUGCCUAUAGUGGAACUCAAGGAGGACCCGGAUCCCAUACUGGACCCUAAGGAGCGGGAUCUGAACGAGACCGAACUCCGAGCCAUGCUAGGCAGUCAAUUCGACCAGAACUUCAUGUCCAUCAGCCCACCAGAGGACAAAUACGCAGGACAGGACGACCUGAACGAGUCUGAACUCUUCAAGCGUCCCACCGGCACCAUGCCCAAAGAAAUCAAAGCCAUGGAGUUUGAGAUCCAGCAUGGGAAAAAACACAAGCCCAGUAAGAAACUCAGAAGGAGGCUUCAGCUGUGGCUGUGGUCCUACGCCUUCUGCCCGGUGGUGCACACAUGGCAGGACCUGGGGAACAGAUUCUGGCCCCGCUAUGUGAAGGUGGGCAGCUGCUACAAUAAAAGGUCUUGUUCGGUUCCAGAAGGGAUGGUUUGCAAACCAGCCAAAUCCAGCCAUUUUACGGUUUUGCGAUGGAGGUGCCUGCAGAGAAAGGGUGGGCUCAAAUGUGCCUGGAUACUAGUUCAGUACCCCAUUAUAUCAGAGUGCAAAUGCUCCUGCCCGAACUGAAAUAAGCUCCAGGCUCAUUCUCACAUGCACUGUCCAGUGUAGGAAUGUAUAUUUGAUGUAUAUGUUGUGCCAUUCUAGGUUACACUUUACAUUGGUGUUCAUGUUACUGUGUAAUUUCAUACAGAAGUACUGACGAGUGAUGCUGACAAAACUUUGUGUACUUAACAUGUGAUUCUUUUGUGGAGCUGCUUGGUAUUAUAGUCAUUAUAGUAAAUAAUUAUAGUAAUAUGUCUAACAUGGACACUGUAAUGUAAAGUGGUGCCUGAUUCAUUUAUAUAAAAAGAAAAAAGGUCAGUAUUUGCCUAUAAUAUCCAGUGUCUACUGUAACUUUGGUUGUAAUGUAACUUUAUACAUAUUUAUGUCAAAGAACAUUUCGCAUUCAAAGUGCGUUUAUUGAAGGAAUUCCAAGCUUUUUCCAUUAUUCGGAAAAAAAAUACUUUAUCUUUAUACACCUC